CCCUCUCCGCUCGCCGCGGCCGUGGUCCGUGGACAUGGCAUGCAUCCACCGCACCGCGCCGCGCCGCGCACGCACGCAUCUCGGCGCGCGCCGCCACGCUAACUACCCCGGGCGACGCGAGUCAGUCCAUCCCCUCACCUUCCCCCACUCCGAGGAGACUUGGAGUCUACAUCACUCGACCAUAACUACGCUACCAGCCACUGCGCACGCACGACUCGCACACGCUCCUCGUCCCUUCUUCUACCGCGGCCGCGCGCUGUGUCAGUAGUGCGUGUUGGUUUGGGAGAGCUAGCGCGGCCGGCACAGCAUGGGAGCUGGGAUUCGGAUUCUGGUGGUGAUGUUGGCGGUCGCCGCCGCCGGGAGCGGCGUCGUGGCGCAGCUCAGGCGGGACUACUACGCCAGCGUGUGCCCCGACGUCGAGACCAUCGUGCGCGACGCGGUGACCAAGAAAGUGCAGGAGACGUCCGUCGCCGUCGGCGCCACCGUCCGCCUCUUCUUCCACGACUGCUUCGUCGAGGGAUGCGACGCGUCGGUGAUCGUGGUGUCGUCGGGGAACAACACGGCGGAGAAGGACCACCCGAACAACCUCUCCCUCGCCGGCGACGGCUUCGACACGGUCAUCAAGGCCAGGGCGGCCGUCGACGCCGUGCCGCAGUGCACCAACCAGGUCUCCUGCGCGGACAUCCUGGUCAUGGCCACCCGAGACGUCAUUGCGCUGGCCGGCGGGCCGUCGUACGCCGUGGAGCUCGGGAGGCUGGACGGGCUGAGCUCGACGGCGAGCAGCGUCGACGGGAAGCUGCCGCCGCCGUCGUUCAACCUGGACCAGCUGACAUCGCUGUUCGCCGCGAACAACCUGUCCCAGACCGACAUGAUCGCUUUAUCUGCGGCGCACACGGUGGGGUUCGCGCACUGCGGCACGUUCGCGAGCCGGAUCCAGCCGUCGGCGGUGGACCCGACGAUGGACGCCGGGUACGCGUCGCAGCUGCAGGCGGCGUGCCCGGCCGGCGUGGACCCGAACAUCGCGCUGGAGCUGGACCCGGUGACGCCGCGCGCCUUCGACAACCAGUACUUCGUCAACCUCCAGAAGGGGAUGGGCCUCUUCACCUCCGACCAGGUGCUCUACUCCGACGACCGCUCGCGCCCCACCGUCGACGCCUGGGCGGCCAACAGCUCCGACUUCGAGCUCGCCUUCGUCGCCGCCAUGACCAACCUCGGCCGCGUCGGCGUCAAGACCGACCCGUCGCAGGGCAACAUCCGCCGCGACUGCGCGAUGCUCAUCUGACGCCGCCGCGGGCGGCAUGGUCGUCGGCACGACGACGGCGGUCAGCGGCGGCCACUGCGGUUCUCUCAAUUGUUCAUAAAUAGUUUUAGCUGCAGCCUGCAGCGCUGAAGUUCUGAAAAAUAUACAACUAGCUUUUUAGAGCAAAAGUUUUAAUCAGUUAAUUAUAUUGGAAACCAGGAAUUAAGAUUAUUUUGUGCAUCUGAUAGUGGUGAAUCAAUUAAAUUACCUAGCUAGGCCAAAUGUAUUGUGUUUUUUAACUAUGGGAGCAAGAUAAAUUAUCUGAACAUGUUGUCAUUUUCAUCUGCA